AAGCGGGGAGAAGACCCCCAAAAAGGGGGAGAGGGUCCCCAAAACGGGAAGAGGGACCCCCGGAGGGGACGUUUGUCCCCAGGGGUGUCACAGCUGUCCCUGCUCCGUGUCCAGCCCCGCCUGGAGCUGGCCUGGGCCAUCAAGGCUCACCAGCACGCCCAGGUCUACUUCAACCUCAUCUCCUCCGUGGACCCCAAAUUCCUCAACCUGACCAAGGUGGACGACCGGAUUUACGAGGAAUUCCGCCGGAGCUUCCGGGACCUGCGCGUCGACCUGCUGGACCCCGAGGAGCUCAAAUCGGAGCCGGCCAAGGCGAAGUGGCGCCCGUUCUGUCUCCGCUUCGAGGGGGUGGUGGAGGAUUUCAACUACGGAACGCUGCUGCGCCUGGAUUCCCGCCGGGAAUACACCGAGGAAAACACCAUUUUCGGUGGGAAAAACAGCAUUUUCGGGGGGAAAAACAGCAUUUUCGGUGGGAAAAACAGCAUUUUCGGUGGGAAAAACAGCAUUUUUGGUGGGAAAAAC